GAUAAGCUAUAGCCAUCUUCUUCUCUGAAUUCCAGUCCAAGGGCCGGAAUACCGUCAGAGGGAGUGGGAGAGGGGGGGAAAAAAGAUGGUGAAGCUCGCAUUUGGAAGCUUUCGCGACUCUUUGAGCGCCGCGUCGCUCAAGGCCUAUGUGGCCGAGUUCAUUGCCACGCUGCUCUUCGUGUUCGCCGGCGUCGGGUCCGCCAUUGCCUACUCGCAAUUGACGAAGGGCGGCGCUCUGGACCCCGCCGGCCUGGUGGCCAUCGCCAUCGCCCAUGCGUUCGCGCUCUUCGUCGGCGUCUCCAUGGCCGCCAACAUCUCCGGCGGCCACCUGAACCCCGCCGUCACCUUCGGCCUCGCCGUCGGCGGCCACAUCACCAUCCUCACCGGCAUCCUCUACUGGGUUGCCCAGCUUCUCGGCGCUUCCGUGGCGUGCUUUCUCCUGCAGUACGUCACCCACGGACAGGCUAUCCCGACGCACGGCGUCUCCGGGAUCAGCGAGAUCGAGGGCGUGGUGAUGGAGAUCGUGAUCACCUUCGCGCUGGUGUACACCGUGUACGCCACCGCGGCCGACCCGAAGAAGGGGUCCCUGGGCACCAUCGCGCCCAUGGCCAUCGGCUUCAUCGUCGGCGCCAACAUCCUGGCCGCCGGCCCCUUCAGCGGCGGCUCCAUGAACCCGGCCCGCUCCUUCGGCCCCGCCGUGGCGGCCGGUAACUUCGCCGGCAACUGGGUGUACUGGGUCGGCCCCCUCGUCGGCGGUGGCCUGGCGGGGCUCGUCUACGGCGACGUGUUCAUCGCCUCCUACCAGCCGGUCGGCCAGCAGGAGUACCCAUGAAAGUCCGGAUGAGCUAGCCCGAUCGAUCCGUCUGUGUUGAUUUCACCAUCGUCGUCGUCGUGUCAUCUGGCGCUUCGUGCUGUGAUCAUGUUUUGUCCUGUUUGCAUUUCCCAACGUCUGGUUUUCAUUUCCAUUCACCAACGGUGCCAAGAUGCCGUAAGCAAGCGAGAGAAGUGUUCGGUCUGUAUCUGUAUAAAUGCAAUGCACAGUUCGGCGUUUCCA